UCUGCCAGCACCACGGGGCUUGCUCUGGGCACCUCUUCCCCACCAGCGUUUCAGCGGCGAUGCCCGCGGGGCAGGGUCCCGGGCUGUGGCGGGGUCGCUGGUGCUGCGUGGCGGCGCAGCUGUGGUGAAGGGGAGACGAAGGGUGACAGCUGAGCAGGGUGCAGGGGGUGCAGGGAUGCUCCUCCACCUGCUGCCAUCACCCCUGGACAGGAGCAGGAGUCCCAGCAGAGCUCUCCACGCGUGGCUGCCUCCUUGCCUGGGGUCCAGCCAGAAGGCUGCAGGGAGAGCCAGGGUGGAGGGAACAGGAGCCGCGUGUUGUGUCCCAGAGCCGCAGAGCAUGUCCCUGCUCUGAGAGCCCCGCCGAGGUCCUCCGCAGGCAGCCGGCGCGGGAGGAGCCGCCCGCGGAUGAGCCUUCCCGUCUGAGCUUCCCUGGGGGGGCUGCCGCUUCCAGCAGGGCUUUUGGGGGAGUCCGGUUUUGGUUUUUGGUUCGGUUUUUGGUUUUGCCUUGGCACUCGGGGGUGGGUUCGGGGGUUGUCCGGGUUUUUUUUUUAAGCGUUUUUUGUUUUGUUUCGAGUCGCUCCGGGGGUUUGCGCUGCCGCGCUCCGGGCACCAUGUCAAACUCGGGCUCCCACCAAGACACUGGGAACAAGCCAGAGCCGGAAAAAGCUAACCAAGAUGACUCUCACCCCCCUGUCAGCUCCGAGAGGAGGAACAAAAGUGGGAUAAUAAGUGAACCUUUGAACAAAAGUCUUAAGAAGUCCCGGCCGCUCUCCCACUACUCCACCUUCGGCGGCAGCAGCUCAGUAAGCGAACAUUCGGAGAAAGGCAACUCCUUAGCUAACGGCGGCGAAGCGGCCGUGGAUAAAAGUCAUUCUACCUCAAAGCACAAAAGCAUCUCCAGCAUGCUGAGCAAACUGGAGCGGGUGUCGGAGAUCUCCUCAGAAGGACAGAUCGCCCUACAACAGUUUGCUCAGUCGACAGAAAUGCUCAAAAGAGUGGUACAGGAGCAUCUCCCUCUAGCAAGCGAGCACGGAACUGGUCUCUCCGACAUGGAGGCGGUCUCGGCGGCAGAGACAAUGAACGGCCCCUCCGAUUUUCCUUACCUGGGGGCUUUUCCCAUCAACCCAGGCCUUUUCAUUAUGACCCCUGCCGGCGUCUUUCUGGCGGAGAGCGCUCUCCAUAUGGCCGGCUUGGCAGAGUACCCCAUGCAGAAUGAGUUGGCAUCUGCCAUCAACUCGGGGAAAAAGAAACGGAAAAGAUGCGGCAUGUGCCCGCCCUGCCGCCGCCGGAUAAACUGCGAGCAGUGCAGCAGUUGUAGGAACCGCAAAACUGGGCACCAGAUUUGCAAAUUCAGAAAGUGUGAGGAACUCAAAAAGAAGCCUUCUGCAGCACUGGAGAAGGUGAUGCUUCCUACAGGAGCCGCGUUCAGAUGGUUCCAGUAGGAACGGGAAUCCCAAAGCUCUGUCAUCCAAGUGCAAUGUCACUGCUUGCUUGUGUUGUCUCAGGCAAGGGAUUUUUGGCUGAAGUGAAUGGAUGCACCUGUGUCUCUCUAGAACCAAAAAGAUUGCUCAUUCCUGGUUUUGUACUUUGAGUUCCUCUUUCUUCUGCUUCUUCUUCUUUUCCCCCCUAAGCUUAUUGCUUUCUUUUCCCUCUCUUUUUAUUGGUUUGGUUUGGUUUGGUUUUCCUUCUCUCGUUGUUUUGCCUUUUUUUUUUGGUUAGGUGGUUUUGGGGUUUGGUUUUAUUUGGGUUAUUUGUUUUAUAUCCCCUCCCCCACGCUCGUUUUAACAUCUCCAAGUCCUAGUCAAGACAUUUAACUGCUUUUCAAGUAAUAAUAGACAGAAUAAGAAUCAAAAGGAAAGGAAUUAAAAGAAAGAUAAUUAAGGGAAAAAAAUAAAGGAAUUGAAAGAUUUAAAAAAAUAAUAAUUAAAAUAAUUUUUAAAAAAAAGAAUUAAAAGAAUAAAAAAAAAUGAAAUGAAAAGAAUUUAAAGAAAGGAAUUAAAAUAAUUUUUGAAAAGGAAUUAAAAGAAUUUAGGAAAAGGAAUCGAAAGAAUUUUAAAUGUUGAAAUAAUUAAAAAUUUAGAAGAAUUUGAAAAAUUAAAAUAAUUUGAAAAAUUAAAAGAAUAAAAAAAUUAAAUAAUUUUUAGAA